AUGGUUGGGUGCACAAUAAGUUAUUGUGCACCAGAAAAAAAGAAAGAGCCUAAUACAAAGAGCAAUUUUGCACUUGCACCAAGCUUACGAAAAAUGGCUCAUGAAACAGAAGAUCUAACCACUUUUCUUAUCAAAUCGGGCCGUGGAGUGAAAGGUUUAUCGGAGAUGGAAUUGAAGGAUUUGCCAAAGGAGUACCUACAACCUCAAUCAGAGAGGCCGUCCAACAUGAAGAUCAUGGAAGAGGCAUCGAUCCCCAUAAUUGAUGUGUCUAAUUGGGAUGACCAAGCAGUUUUAAAAUCACUAUGUGAUGCUGCUCAGAAGUGGGGAUUCUUUCAGAUCAUCAACCAUGGGGUGCCACUUGAAGUGCUUGAGAAUGUGAAACGAGCAACCCUCGCGCUCUUUGCUAUGGCACCAGAGGACAAGAGGAAUUAUUUCAAGGAGAAUUCACCUAGCAAUCAUGUGAGGUUAAGUACUAGCUUUAUACCCGAGGUUGAGAAUGCCUUAGAAUGGAAGGAUUACCUUAGUCUCUUUUAUGUCUCUGAUGACGAGGCUUUUGCUUUAUGGCCUACUAUUUGCAGGGACCAACUUCUGGACUACAUGAACAAGUGCCAAGUUGUGAUUAAGUCCCUCCUGCAAGUCCUGUUGAAAGGACUCAACAUUCAAGAGAUCAAUGAGGAAAACUGGUCUCUUCUUUCGGGUUCCAAAAGGAUUAAUCUCAACUUCUACCCAAAGUGUCCGAAACCUGAACUGACAGUAGGAGUAGGGAGGCACUCAGACGUGUCCACCUUUACCAUCCUCCUGCAGGAUGAUAUUGGUGGACUCUAUGUUCGAGCACCUGAUGGAGAAAGUUGGGUCCAUGUGCCACCUAUCCCCGGGGCGUUGGUGAUUAACAUAGGUGAUGCGCUGCAAAUCAUGAGCAAUGGCAAGUACAAGAGCAUAGAACACCGUGUAAUAGCAAAUGGAAGUAAAGACAGGAUUUCAAUUCCCCUGUUUGUGAACCCAAAGCCUAGCAAGAUGAUCGGACCUCUAAAGGAAGUUUUGGUCGAGAGUGAUGAGGAACCCAAGUACAAGGAGGUGUUGUAUUCUGAUUAUACCUUGUACUUCUACAGGAAGGCUCAUGAUGGUAAGGGAACCCUUGAAUUUGUUAAGAUAUGAUCUUUCUAGAGAUGAGAAAGGUAAUGAUUCGAAACUG